AUGCCUCCCAAGCGCAUCACAGUCCAGCCCGCCCGGCGGUCUCAACCCAAGGGUUGGUUCGGUCAGAUGUAUCAUACAUUGACGUCUGAGGAGAAUGCCAGCGUCGCCAUCAGCAUUGCCAUGUUUGGAGCUGCCGUUGCCUUCUUCAACUCGGAGUGGAGCGAGAUGCUCCUGCCGGGAUUCUAA